AAAAUAACUAAAACUAUCAAAAAAACUAUAAAUACUCAGUUUUCUCUUUCUCUUCCGGUCUUCCUCUCUCUCCCACGAAUCACAACCACCGCUGCCGCCUCUGCCAGAUCAAGUAUCGCUCCUCUACUCGCUGUUGGUCUCCUCUGCCUGACUGCCUCCUCGCCUCGCCUCUCUGUUCGCCGCAACUUCAUCUGUCUCCAGAUCGCGUUGCUGCUUUGUUCAAAAGCUGCCCCAGCUCGGCUCAUCUAUAGACAGAGGGCUAACCAAAAAAAAUUACAAGAUUCUGAUAAGACGACUAUCCGAAAGGAAAUUCACAAGAUUCUAAAAUGGAAGUACCUAAAGUUCAAGAUUCUUUAUCUUGGCGAAAAAAGCAAAAGGUUUCUUCAGAUGUAAACACAACUGGUGAAAUAAAUGUAGUAGUGAAGAAUAAGAUGAGUGCAAACCAGUUGGCAGCAAAGGCUAUGCAACUUCGUUUGAAAGGAAAGAAUGAAGAAGCUCAGAAACUGUUGGAAGAAGCAAAGGUAUUAAACACAAAGGAGGGAAACCAAGAAGAUCAUACAACUAGAUCAAGAACCGAGGGAAGUUCUAGAAGGUAUGCUAUGCAGAGGAUAUCUGCUGAACAAAAGAAAGGAGAGUAUGAUGCUGAUAUGCAUCUUGCUUGUAAUAUAAUGCAGAACAAGCAAUUUAAGGUUUCUACUCAGACAGAUGAUGAAUACGACUUUGAAGAUGGUCAAAACAGAAAGAGGAGAAAGAAGCCAGGAGGUGAUGACUCCAGGAAUAUUCAAAAAAAGAUGAAUGCAAAUCGAUUCUUGACACAGAAAGAACGUUGCCUCUUUUGUUUGGAGAAUCCAAAUCGACCUAUGCAUCUUGUUGUGUCCAUCGCAAAUUUCACAUAUCUUAUGUUACCACCGUGGCAACCUGUGGUGCCUGGUCAUUGUUGUAUUCUACCUAUUCCGCAUGAACCGGCUACAAGAACCGUGGAUGAUAAUGUGUGGGUAGAAAUUCGAAACUUCAAGAAAUGCCUUAUUAUGAUGUUUGCAAAGCAAGAUAAGGAAGUAGUAUUUCUUGAAACUGUGAUGGAAUUGGCACAACAACGGCGCCAUUGUAUGGUUGAGUGCAUUCCUUUACCCCAAGAUAUUGCUAAAGAGGCUCCUUUAUACUUUAAGAAGGCAAUUGAUGAAGCAGAAGAUGAGUGGAGCCAACACAACGCUAAAAAACUCAUUGAUACGAGUCAAAAGGGUUUGCGCAAUUCAAUUCCGGAGCACUUCCCAUAUUUUCAUGUAGAAUUUGGUCUAAACAAAGGUUUUGUUCAUGUUAUCGAUGAUGAAAAGGAGUUUAAGAGUAGUCUUGGCUUGAAUGUCAUUAGAGGCAUGCUUCAUUUGGCCGAGGAAGACAUGCAUAGACGUCGGAGAUACGAGACAGUGGAGGUGCAAAAGCAAGCUGUUGCUAGCUUUUCUAAAGAGUGGGAACAUUUUGACUGGACAAAGCAGCUACAUGAAACAUCUUAACAACAUAUUUUGUUAGAAAAAUUGGUUGCUUUUUGUUUAAGGAGACCGCUAACGAAUGUCGUUGGGACAUUGCAAUCAAAGAGGUAAAUUUUUAUUGUAAAAUGUUGUAAAUAUAGGCUAAAUUUUUAGUAGCUGGUUGCUGAAAAUUAGCCUUUGAACCUUAAUUUCAUGGAGAAUUAGUAAAGUCUACUUUAUAUUCCCUCA